AAUAGAAACAGUCUAAUGUCUUCUGCAUACAUAUUAUCUAUGGCAUACAUAAAUAUAAAUAUAUAAUAUAAACAGAACAUAAAUAUAUAAAACUGUAUUAAAUAUGACUCUAAAGCUAUCUAAUCCCGUAAUAAAGGGACUUCAACAGUUAGGCACGGAAAUUACUUUGGACAUCUCCAAGAAACUUAUAGCAAACACGCUCAAACAUACGCUUUCUUCUGAAGCAAGUGUUCCAUCUGUGCCGGAUAUAUAUGCCACAAAUGCUGACAAAGCAAAACUUAGUGAGUAUGCCGUUGUAUCAUUAUUAGCUGUAGCCACAAAAUAUGGCUGCGAUCCCACUGUAUUUCGAACAAGUUUGGAAAAAUACGAAAUUCAGCCUACAGUAUUGGAGGAACUGGUUCGAAUAUAUGAGGAGCAUGGAAAAGAGUUAACAUUGCGUCAGUUGCAUAUAGGUAGUGAUUUUCCACACAUAACAGACGUGCAAUGGCGAAUUAUGGCAGAUGUUCGCUCAUCGACUUCAGAUUGCAGCUCUGGCGAAGUGAGUUUUCAUGUAAAUCUCGGAAGUUUUCAUGAAACCAGCGGUAAACGCGAGACUGCCGUUGAAUUUGUAUGCAGCACCGAGGAAAUGCAAUUGUUAAUAAAUAAGUUGAAAGAAAUAGAACGCCAUUGCGAGAAAGUAGCUACCGAAUAAAUAAAAAUUUAUUUAAAGUUAGGGCAUUCCAAAAUUAGAGUUAGAAGGUAUGUACAAGUACUUAUAACUCGGUAGAAAAAUACGAAACCAAUAGUGUAAUAAAUAUAUAUGUAUCUAUGUGCAUAACACUCAA